UCGAUUCCUGCUUUCCCCCCUCCUGGACAUCAUUACUGUACCUGGACAUGGCCCUGUACACCUCUCUGCGCACUGUAUAUUGACCGACAUCAUCGCUUAUCAUGUGCAAACCUCCAUCUCCAUCUCCAUUUCCAUCUUCACUUCACCUUCAUCCUCCCUCCUCUUCGCCCUCCUCUUCCCAGAAGAAAACGACAUUGUGACCUUGGUACACACUUUAUUCAAUUGCCUCCUUCGCUGUCUUUUCUUGUCUCCUCUCCUCUCCCCUCCUCUUCCCCCUUCCCUUCCCUCGCCCCAAUCAAACGCUCUAAACCUUCCCUACCUCACCUACCGCUGCUCUUCUUGUCCCCCUCCCCUCUCUCCAUCCCCCAGAUAUAUGCCCACAUGAACCCUCAACAGCAGCAACAACAAUCAACACAACCAUGGCCCCCUCUUUCUUGAAGGACCUCCGCAGGCGAUCCAAGGCAAGCUUCACGACCGACAAGAGCACGGAUUCCAGCAUUGGCGGGUCCAAUGGCACCAAUGGUUCUGCCCCGAUGGCCGCCUCAUCUUCCACCCUAAACUCGACAUACGGCUCCACCACUCCACCCGCCGUCCCCAUCUCCCGCUCGACCUCCAACCUCCCCCAGACCUCCAACGGCCCGCCCGCUCUUCCUACCAGCACUCGCCCAAACCUCUCGACCUCCUCGAGCAGUAGGUACAGUGUCUCGGGCAUGUCGGGAUUGGGCGCACCGUCGCAGAGUUCGUCUCUGCCCACUUCGCAAUAUGCCCCACGAGUAUUAUCCAUCGCCGAUAACACAUGGGUCUACCAGAAGGUCCUCCUAAUAUAUGGAACCAUCGCAGACCCCGCAACUCAAGCCCUGGACGGGAAUUUGACUGUGAGUCGACUUGACGAUGGCUUCCCGCCGACUUACUGGCCUGUCUCCGAGUCGCAUUUCAAGGCAUUGGUGUACCUCACACCGGGCCCCAAUCGACUACGCUUCGACUUUACGUCGCCGAAGCUUGCAAACAGCAAUACUUCCAACCCGAUCCACUCCUCCUACCUUACGAUCCACAUGCUGCCUCCCCUGACCGCGCCGCCUUUACAGUUGGUCAUUCUCCUCGGCAAGGACUCACCGGGUACAUUCGAUGCUACCCCGGCACGGAUUGAGAAGGAAGGGAACGGUCUUGAAACCGCCAUCAGGAAGUUUAGGAUGGCAGCAUAUCUCUGGCAAGCGUUUACCGCCGAGCAGAUGUUCCGCAACAAGCUAGGCAGAAGGGUCUUUAGAAUGGAGGAGGAGUGGGUGACCGGCACCUCGCACUAUCGAGAUCGUGAGAUGGGAACCAUGAGGAGUGAGGCCAAGAUCCAUAUCGUUCGAAGCUCGAAAACGGUUGCCGAGCUUCGCGAUCUCGAUCUGGCGCAGCAGAAUCCCCAGGCAAAGAGGAAAGGAGACCUCUUCGGGAUCGCCUCGGAAGCCGUAAAGGAUUACUUCAAACCUCAACCCGGUCAAAAGCAAUACGUGUCAGUCUUGCUGCUAGACGCUCACUGGGAUAGGGCAGCAAAGACCAUUACAGGUCACGCAGCCCUGGGCGGUGGCGGGGGGGAGAUACAACUCGCUAUAUUUGGCUCUCAUGCUCUACAUAGCUACCCCUCCAGCUUUGAAGAGGUCGUCCCGGCUUUCUCUGACUGCACCCCGACCGACACGGACUACGUUGCGAAUGACUGCAACGAGUCUGGGAGCAGCUGGGAAGCUGCUAACAUUGGCAUUGGAGCGCACUUGCAUGAGACGGGACACCUAUUUGGCUGCCCUCAUCAAGAGAAUGGGAUCAUGCUUCGUGAUUACGUUACCCUCAAUCGAUCUUUUACCACCCGAGAACCCUACUCGACGAGGACCAAAUCCAAGGGGGGGUUGGUUCUACGGAAGGACGAAUGUACAUGGCACCGACUAGACUGCCUUCGCUUUAGAGGCCAUCCCUGCUUUGCCCUGCCUACCGACCCUCCGCGGCAUGCUGAUGAUUCGGUUCAUGUGUGGCCCGUGGACAAUGGAAAUGUCAUUGUCACUGCUGCUUCGGGCGUUGCCUAUUUGGAAAUAUUUACUCAAGGCGACGAUCUGUGCCAUACCUGGCAAGAGUUUGGUGACGGGAAUGGUAAUGGCCCGAUCCAAAAACAGAUCAUACUUACGGAGCCAGAACUACGAAAUCGGCUACCUGAAGACCGAAGGAAAUCAAAAAUGAAGCUUUCCAUAAAGUCCUGCGCGGGUGGUAGCCACGAGGUGGAAGACUUUAGCCUUCUCACGUCUAAGGUCUCGAGACUUAAGCUUCCAAAUGGCCAGCUGGCUUUCAGGAGCAGCAAAUUGGGUCUCUCGCAGAUGGAAGGCUCCCGGCCAGAGGAGAUGAUUUUCAACAGCGCGAUACAGCAAACGAAGCUACUUACACAGGUUCGAGUAUAUCACGGAUUUGCACUGGAUGGAAUUGAACUCGUGUACGAGGAUUCUACAUCCCAACUGUUUGGGAAGAGAGGGGGAAAGGAAGGAGGCAGCGAGUUCAACCUAGAUACCCGGAGAGGAGAAUACAUCACGGGUUUCUAUGUCAGAAGCGGAUUUUGGGUGGAUGGCAUAGCCAUCAUGACCAGCCUUGGUAGGAAGUCACCCGUUUUUGGGAACGCAAAUGGUGGUUCUGGGCAUACUCUGAUACCCCCGAGAGGAUACUGCAUUGCAGGAGUUACUGGAUCCCGUGCUGUCGAGAAGCAGAAGAAAUUACUGCGGGAGAACACGGGGCAUUUCUCUAUGAUCAAGAUGCUUCAUCUUGCUGAUCUCAUUACGGCGCUCAAUGGCUUCUGUGGGGUCAUGUCUAUAUUUUCCUCGAUGCGGUACUGUCUUGGACCUCCCUCGGCAUACGGGAACCUCUGGGCUGCCCUGGCAUUCAUGCCCUUCGGGCUGUUUUUUGAUUUCAUGGAUGGCAAGGUUGCGCGGUGGAGGAAGAAGAGUAGUCUUAUGGGGCAGGAGCUUGAUUCAUUGGCCGACUUGGUAUCCUUCGGCGUAUCCCCCGCCGCUGCCGCCUUCGCAGUCGGCCUCCGCACCCCCGUAGACCACCUGCUCCUCUCAUUCUUCGUCCUCUGCGGCCUGACCCGGCUCGCACGCUUCAACAUCACCGUAGCCAACGUGCCGAAGGACGCUUCGGGGAAGAGCCAGUACUUCGAGGGCACGCCGAUCCCCACGUCGUUAUCGAUCGCGGCCCUGAUGGCGUAUUGGGUAAAGAAGGGCUGGAUCUUGGAUAACUUGCCGUUGGGCGUCUGGGCCCAGGGGACCAUGUUCGAAUUCCACCCUGUCGUGGGACUCUUCGUGCUGAGUGGGGUGCUGAUGACGAGCAAGACUAUACAUAUCCCCAAGCCGUGAGGUGUGGAUAUGUGGUGGUGGAGGAGUGAGGGUGUAAGCAAAAGCAAAACUGGAUUGGCAAGGGGAGG